CGGUUUGUGGAGCAGAUGAACGGAUUCGGUCCGGUUUUGUCGCUUGCGUCCCGCGGAGAGCCAUGCGCUCGAGACGGCCAGACUGACGAGAUUCACCCGCGUUAAAGCCCUCGCUUCCGGUCAGCGCUCGCCGUGUUUAGAGACUCCACAGCGGCGGUGUUUCCAGUCCCAUGUUGCAGCCGAACCAGCACGAACAUGCCCGCUGUAAAGAUCCGGUGAAAUACGGAGAGCUGGUGAUCCUCGGGUAUAAUGGCUCUCUGCCGGGUGGAGACCGUGGCCGCAAGAGGAGCCGCUUUGCUCUUUACAGGAGGGCGAAAGCUAACGGAGUCAAGCCGAGUGCGGUGCACAUCCUCAGCAGCCCACACGACAGCAAGGCGGUGAACAGCAGGGGGCAGCACAGCAUCUCCUUCACCCUCUCCAGGAACCAGACGGUGGUGGUGGAGUAUUGCCAUGACAACGACACCGACAUGUUCCAGAUCGGCCGGUCCACCGAGAGCCCCAUAGACUUUGUGGUGACGGACACUCCAGGAGGAUCCAAGGAGAGCGAAGACUCCUCAUCGGCUCCCAGCACCAUCUCCCGCUUCGCCUGCAGGGUCGUCUGCGAACGAAAUCCUCCGUACACCGCUCGCAUCUACGCCGCCGGCUUCGACUCCUCCAAAAACAUCUUCCUCGGGGAGAAAGCGACCAAAUGGAAGAAUCCGGAUGGUCACAUGGACGGCCUCACAACCAAUGGUGUGCUGGUGAUGCAUCCGCUGGGCUUCCCGGAAGAGCCCAAGCAGGGUCUGUGGAGGGAGAUCUCGGUGUGCGGAGACGUCUACGCCCUCAGAGAGACACGCUCCGGCCCCAUCCGUGGACAGCUGGCUCAGGGUGAGAGCAGCGCUCUGCAGGACGGGUCUCUGGUGGAUCUGUGUGGGGCGACGCUGCUGUGGCGGACGGCUGACGGGCUGCUGAAAGCACCGACGCUGCGGCACCUUGACGCCCUGCGGCUGGAGCUGAACGCGGCUAGGCCUCAGUGUCCGGUGGGCUUGAGCACGCUGGCCUUCCCCAGCCUCCCACGCAGCCACAGCCUGGAGGAGCGCCAGCCGUGGGCCUACCUGAGCUGUGGACACGUGCACGGCCGGCACGACUGGGGCCAGCGACCUGAGCGGCACCGUGAGCGUGAGGAGGGGUCCUGCGGCGGCACGGGCGGCCGCAGAGAGUGCCCGCUGUGCCGGACAGUCGGCCCCUAUGUGCCGCUGUGGCUGGGCUGCGAGCCCGCAUUCUACAUGGAUGCUGGAGCUCCCACACACGCCUUUGCCUCCUGCGGGCAUGUGUGCUCCGAGAAGACGGUGCGGUACUGGGCGGAGACGCCGCUGCCCCAUGGCACGCAUGCCUUCAGGCCCACCUGCCCCUUCUGCUCCGCCCCGCUAGCGGGAACUCCCGGAUACACACGCCUCAUCUUCCAAGGGCCCAUCGAUUGAUGAGGGGGCCACAUGGGGAGACUAGAGGAGCCAGGAGUCUCUGUGUGAGUGUGUACGUGCGUGCGUGCGUGUGUGUGUGUGUGUGUGUGUGUAGCUCAGCAAAUCUGCCAAUAAUGCUGCUUUCAAGUCAUGAACGUAACUAUUGUUUAUAUAUAGAGUGGUUAACAUUUGGAGUGGAUCAUUACCUUUGUCCUUAAACUAUUGAACAGCACACAUUCUUGGCCUAGGACAAUUUUGAAAAACAUAUUUGAUUCGCUUUGAAUGUUGGCAUAUAUAUAUUUAUAUAUAUAUAGUUGAAGAUAAAUUUAUUAGAACUGCUGUGAAAUUUUAAGUGUUUUCAUUUAAUAUUUCCUAAGUGAUGUUGAACUCAUUUUCAGAGUAGUUUCAGUUAUAUUUUUAUUACUUUGCCUGAAGAAAACAAAAAUAUAAUAUUAAUAUAAAUAAUAAAUGCUAUUCUCAUAUAUAUCCACAGUGCUCGGCAUAAAUGAUCGCACCCCGUUUUGAAAAAUUAAUAUUUUCAUCAAUUUCUCAAUGAAUAUUGGCAAUAAUAAUUUGAUGCAUUUACACAGAACAGUUUUAUUAAGCAGUUAUGUUUAUAGUUUGGUCACCGAACAUCUUUAGGAAUAGAAAGAUAAUACAUUAAAAUUCAAACCAGUUAUUGCAAAAAUAAAUACAAUACAAUACAAAUACAAUAAUUUAUUUUAUGUUUCUUUAUUUUUCUUGUUUAUUUAAAUUUAGUUUUAUAUUUUUGGUGUCUUGCAAAAUAACUAGUCCAAUAUUAUGUACUGUCAUCAUGACAAAGACUACGUGAAUUAGAAUUAGUAACUAAAUUAGAUAUAUCCACACUGACUUUUAAUUUCAGUCAGCCAGCCUCAGGGCUUCCGGUUAAUUGUCAUCCCAAACAAAAUGUUUAAGAUCUGAUUUCUUUAAUAAACAGCGAUCUUCACUGCCUGGCUGAGAUAUGAUAUAAAGUGGGUAUCAGACCAAACAAGAAGCACUGCAUUAAAUUAGAUUUUUCUUCACCCUGUCUUUCAAAUUCGGAAGUUAAUUUUACUCAGGUGUUUUCAAUGGAAUUUCUGCGCUAGCCUGCUGCUAAUGACGACGCCUGUGUUUAAACAGUCUUUUGUCUCUUUUUACGCUUUAGUAAUCAUAUGGAUGCUUAAGUCUAUGUAUCACAAUAUAUAUUAUAAUUACAUUACAACAUCAAUGCUGUAAAAGAAACCUUAUGAAAUUGAAAAUAGUCACAUAAAGCUUUCACCGUAAGUUCCUCAUUGGCUGAAAAACUCAAGCUGUGUAUAUCCCAUCACUAUGAAUUUACCAUGUUAAAACAUUGGUACUAUCUCUGUUAAACAUCACUUGGGGAAUAUUUGAAAGAGUUUAAAUGUCACAAAUAAUUUACUCUUCAACUGUAUUUAUUUAUCAUUGAGUGCCAACUUAAUGAAAUAGAAAUGGAGAAACUAAAUGUAUUUUAUGAAAGCUCUUUUUCACCACAGAAUAAAACUAUAACAGCAACUUGCUUGACAAUUACCACUUUAUUUUUAUUACAAUUCCAAGUUUGUGUCUCACAGUUAAUGUGCUGUUUUAUUCUGUGCUGGAGAUGAGCUCGGUCAUCUUUUACUCACCCUAAUGACGUUCUGACCUCCACCAAACCAUGAUGUUUUUUACAAUAGUGAUUAAGAGUUCAUUUUCCUGAAAGAUUGGUAGAUUGAUAUUGGAACACCAAAACAAGCACAUCUGUUACUCAACAGGCCACACCUCUUUUAUAUAUGCUAUAGUAACUAGACACGCCCCUUACAGCUCAUUGGCUGGACGUUUGUUACACUUUGUUCAAAAAAAUAUUGCUUAGUUCAAACACAGAUUUCUCCCAUUUUCUUCAUUUGUGUCCAGAGUAAAUGAUGUAUUUAUCUUAACAUGUUUAGGAAGAGACAGAACUUUUGACUUUUCUGCUAAUUAAAGCUAAUUUUGCCAAAAAAAAGUUAAUGGUUAAAAAGUCAAUGUUAUUUAAAUUAAUUCUAAUGAGUCAUUUUAGUCAAUCAGUUCAGUUUAAUAGUCAAUAGUUCAAUAUUUGAUUCCCUGCAAGAUGUUUCAUGCCUUGUUUUAUUUUCAUGGCUGCAUUUACAGUUUGGUGUAAAUAAGCAUUUAGCUAUUAUUUAAACUGAUACCAGGAUUAGAAAAAUAAAUAAUGCUUGUAUUCAUCAAGGAUGCAUUAAAUUGGUGUUAAACAGACAUUUAUAAAAUUACUAAAUAUUCCUGUUUCUAAUAAAUGCUGUAUUAUUGAAAACUCAUUCAAUAAUAACACUGAAAAUAUUAAAGCAUCAAUAAUAGUGAUUCUUAAUCACCAAAUCAGCAUAUCCUGAUUUAAUGAGGCUGAAAAAUCAGCUUUGAAUCACAGAAAUAAAUUUCACUUUACUUUAUAUUCCCAUGCUAAACAGCUAUUAUAAAUGAUAAAAAAUAUUUCACACUUUAACAGUGUUUCUGAUCAAAUAAACGCACCUCUGAUGAGCAUCUGAGACUGUAACACUUUAAUUAGGUCACAAUUCAUGCUAUUAACAUCUGUCGUUUAUAACCUGCCUAUUAUUAAGAUGUUCAUUAAUAGUUGUUUAAAGUAUAGUCUAAUUCUACAUCCCUAGUCCUAGCCAAAACCUUAACUCACCUUCUACCUUACUAAAUAUUAAUAAACCACUAAUUAGUUAUUCAUUAAGCUAGUGUUACCUCUUUCAAACUACAUUUACCAUAAUUGUCAGCCAUUGUUUAGUAUUGCACUAAUGCUAAGUUUUUAUCAGGGCUUACGCAUGAAUUUUGCAUUUGAAUGCCAUUUUUAUUAGGGAGACGUUCCCAAGAGCACUUGAAAGCAGCAUUUCUGGUCCCCGUUAAAAAAACGAACCGUGCAAAUAAACGUGGACCAAACGCAGUAUGUUUGAGACUCCGGGCUCCUUCAGCUCCUCAAUGGCCACUUCCUUCAGUGCUUUCCGUACACUGAGCAACCUCAACAUGACACACACUAGAAGUACAGCAUCCUUUAUGAUUUCAGCAAUAAACACUAGCAGAAGAUCGGCGGAGUGUACUUCCCUUUCUGUACUCACACAAUGCUGAGCCUGGUGAUUACUAUGCUAGCAUAUCAGUGGCAAAAAUUUAUUUCGAUAUAAUAAUAUUUAAAAUGACAAUACAAUAUGUAAAACGACAAUAUUUUCCUUUAUUUACAUGUGCAUUUUCCAUAACGUGUGUGCAAAAUGAUAUUUAAAUGAUCUAAUUUACAUUUGACAGUUUUAAAAUGUUAAUUGCAUACUAAUUUUAAUGCUUUAUCAGUUGUGAAUUUAAAUUGUAAAUCUAAUACAUUGGAUUUGAUUUAACAUGUAAGAAAUGGUAGUAAAAUUAGCGUUUAAAUGUUAUUUGCUCUAUUUGCAUUUACACUCGUAGGUUGCUUUUUCAUUAUUGCAGCGUAGAAUGUUUGUAGCAAAAUUAAAAUAUGCAUUGCAAUAUGCAAGGUAUAGCAAAAAGGCAAGUUAAAUUAUCUUUAAUGCAUUAUUUAAGAUGUUUUAAGUUUAUUUAUAAGCUAAUUUCGAGAGGAUCAGGUGCUUAUGAUUGACCACGGCUGGUUCCGCAUUAGCUAACAGAUGAUUAACCAAUCAGACGAUUCCUAAGUUACUAUUGACAACAAGAGUUUCAUACCACAGUUAUCUUCAACUUGAAGAAUCCCCCCCCCCUUCACCCCUACUCCUCCUCCCUUUUCCUAGAUUGGGUGGCACGCCGGCCCAGUGGUUAGCACGGUUGCAUCACAGCAAGAAUGUCACUGGUUCAAGUCUUUACCAGGCCAUUCAACGUUUCUGUGCAGAGUUUACAUGUCUCCCGUGCUUGCGUGGGUUUCCCCUGGGUUCCCUGGUUUUCCUCCCACCAUCCAAAGACAUGCGAC